AUGUAUAUGUUUGACUACGAUGUCCAUUGGGAUGGCCGCUUUCUAUUAUUUCUUCUGUUCUUCCGGGAAGAACAAAGUUUUAGGGGUUCAGACAUCAGACAUACAUUUCUUAGCCAUUUGAAAAAGCAAUUACAACAAAAAGGGAUAGAUGUGUAUGUGGAUGAAAGGCUAGAGAGGGGAGAUAAAAUAUCAUCCGCGCUUCUGGAAGCAAUAGAAAGAUCAAUAAUUGCGUUGGUGAUAUUCUCAAAAGACUAUGCUUCUUCAAGGUGGUGUUUACAAGAGCUAGAGAAAAUCAUGGAAUGCAAGCGAGUCAAUAAUCAGAUUAUAAUUCCAGUUUUCUAUAAUGUAGACCCAUCACAUGUCAGACAUCAAGAAGGAUCUUAUGCAAAUGCAUUUGCUCAACAUGAGCAGAAAUUUAAAGAUGACUUAUUGCAAAUUUGGAGAUCUGUCCUAAAAGAAACUGCAAACUUAUCUGGUUAUCAUCAUUCCUCAGAUUUUCACUCUUGCUUUGUGUCGAAUGUGAGAGAGGAAUCAAAGAGGAUUGGAUCGACUCAUUUGCUUGAACAAAUUCUCUCUGUACUACUAAAUGAUGAAAAUAUCACAAUGAAAGGAAGAUCCAACACUCAAAGGAGACUAAGUCGAACAAGAGUUCUUCUAGUACUUGAUGAUGUAGAUACCUCCAGCCAAUUAAAGUUCCUUAUUGAAGACAAUCUUUCAUUGGGACCAGGAAGCAAAGUCAUCAUAACAAGUAGAGACAAGCAUGUUCUUCAUAGUGGAGGAAUUCAUCAAGAGAUAUUUUUAGACAUUGUAUUCUUCUUCAAGGGAGAAAAAGAAGAAGAUAUUAUGAGAGUGAUGGAUGCUUGUGAUGACUUCUAUGUGGAUUGUGGAAUAGAUAGCUUUUUAGAUAAAGCACUCGUAACUAUUUCAAGAGACAAUAGAGUAGAAAUUCAUGAUUUGUUACAAGAAAUGGCUGAACAAAUAGUUUAUGAGAAAUUUAGAAAGCAUCCUGAAAGACGAAACCGAUUAAAUGAUGCAAAGGAAAUUCAAGACAUACUGGAAAAUAACAAGGGAACGGAUGCAAUUGAAGGCAUUACAUUGGAGAUUGAAAAUGACCUGUACUUGAGUGCAGGCACUUUCUAAAAAAUGAGUAAUUUAAG